AGAAUGAGGUGGUAGGGCACGUGAGGCAGGCUGAAUGAUUUUAUCGUACGCCACCUACUAAUUUUUCCACAUGUCAUGCAACAAAGAUGACUUCUCUUUCUCCCACCUCUCUCUAUAUAUGUAUCAUAAGCAGUCAUCCCAUAUUCUGCAUGAACUAGCUAAUUAGAGAGAGACUAAUUAGAGAGCCUUCGCCGGCCAGCUACCACUCAUAUAUGGCUCUCUUCGACAUUCAUCAUCCCUGGGCAUUCACAUUCGGCAUCUUAGGUAACAUUAUUUCAGUCUUGGUGUACCUGGCUCCAGUGCCAACAUUCAUCCGGAUUUACAAGGAAAAAUCUACUAUGGGAUUCGAUUCACUGCCUUAUGCAGUGGCCCUCUUCUCAUCGAUGCUGUGGAUGUAUUAUGCGUUGCUCAAGACAAAUACUAUGCUUCUCAUCUCCAUCAAUUCAUUCGGAUGCCUAAUUGAGACUGCCUACAUCUUCAUCUUCCUCAUUUAUGCUUCCAACAAAGCUAGGAGUCAUACUGGCAAGAUCCUGGGGUUGAUGAAUGUGGGGCUUCUUUUUGUGAUAUUUGCGGUGACAUUCUUCAUAUUCGAGGGCAACACCCGAGCUCAGGUGGUUGGAUGGAUUUGUGUCGCUGUUUCCGUCUGUGUUUUUGCAGCUCCCUUAAGCAUUGUGUUUCGAGUUGUCCGAACGCGAAGCGUGGAAUUCAUGCCAUUUCCGUUGUCAUUUUUCUUGACACUGAGCGCAGUGAUGUGGUUCGGCUACGGUUUGUUCCAAAAGGAUUUAUGUGUGGCGCUCCCGAAUGUGAUGGGAUUUUUCUUGGGAAUGUUACAAAUGUUGGUGUAUGGGAUUUUCCGAAACAAGAAGCCCCUGCAAAUGGAAAUCAAAGACAAAGCCCCUACUGCUACUGAUCACAAUCUAAUUAACAUUAAGGUUGUUGAGAUCCCCGCCGCCGCGGCUGCUCUACCUUGCGCAAUAACCGUUGCAGUCCAACCACCUCUGCCCUUACUUGUUUGCGCACCUUAAUGCUUAAUAUUAUAAUUUAUUGUAUCAACUUUAUUCAUAUAUAUCAGUAUUGCAUCAAUAAUUCUUAUUUA